ACACACACACGAGUACGAUAGAUAUUAUUCAUUAUACACCCGUCAAAACCUCAGCCUCUAAUUCUAAAUCAUUUCACAACCCCAACCAAUUAGGGUUCCAAAUUCCAACAAUUCACGCUCUUCAUUUCGUUUCCCGGUUUGUAUACAUACAGCAGGGUAAAAGCAUAGUUCACUUAAGGAAUAUAAAAGCUGUGAUUGUCGGUAGUGUCAUACAACAGAAUGUCAGUAACCACCAUUACAGCAUCCACAAACAGUAGUGUGUGUGGAUCUGCAAAUGCUUCAAGAAGGCGUUUAAGACUGAGGAGAAGUCACGGAAACUUAAUAUUCGGGGCUGAAAGAAGAUUCCUUUCACAUCAGUGUGUGCGGAACCUCUCGUCUUCUGAUAUAUCUGGACAAGAAAGUACACGGGUUGAAGCGGGUUGGUUUUUUAGAGGAGGAGGUGAUCAGAGUUCAGAUGCGAGUUCAGAGCGUAGUGAGAGCGCAAAUGAGGAUAUUCUCAUAUUCUUUUACCAGUUGGAUUUGGCAACGAGAGUACAGUAUGCAUUGAAUUUGGAGGAGUAUGAGAUUGCAAAUCAGUUGAGAAACAAGCUCAAUGAGGUUGAAGUUGAAGUUAUUAAGCAGCAAGAAUCGAAAAGGGGUCUAUCUUCAAAAAGUGAAGCUCAAGACAAGGGUAUAAGCUUGUUGCGUUUACGAGCAGACCUGCAGAAUGCAAUAGAGAAUGAAAAUUAUUCGCUGGCAGCUGAAAUACGUGAUCAGAUUUCCAAGCUGGAGGCCGAUUCAUUGGCUGCAACAAUAAAGGCCCAAGCCUUUGAAAAAGCCCAAUUUGAGUUCCGUUUAGGCCAGAAAGUUAGGCACAAAAAAUUCGGAUACAGAGCGGUGAUUUGUGGUAUGGAUCCAGUGUGCUGUGAAACAAGCACAUGGAUGGAAAAUGCACAUGUUGACCAGCUGACUCGUGGUCCUGAUCAACCGUAUUAUCAGGUUUUGGUUGAUGUACGUGAAGACCCCAAUUUAUUGGUAGCAUAUGUUCCAGAGGAAAACUUAUUGGCUCCGGAAGAACCAGAUAAGGCUAGGUUUGAUCAUCCAUAUGUUUCCUUCUUAUUCUAUGGUAUGGAUUCGGCUGGAGACUUUAUUCCGGUGAAGCAACUGCGUGAGAAGUACAAUAGACCUAGACAUGAGGUGCCAUAUGAUCCACAGGAUGAGAAGUCUGGAGAUGAUGCUUGAACGUAUGUAAUCCAGGCCGUUGGUGUGAUCUUGCGGUUAUGCUGCCAAACCUUAUGGCUUGUAUAAAUAGAAUGUGUAUAUAUAUAUAUUUCCUACUACAAUUGAGGAUGGUUUCUUCUUGUUAUUGAGGAGCAACAAGUUGAAUGUUGGAAUAUUCGAAUUGAAUUCAUGAUUUUGUCAAGAUAACCAACCAAAAUGAUGUUGGAAUUUUCGAAUCA